GCGCGAUUUAGGGAGUACCGGAGAGCCCCGGAGACACGCCCCAGGGUGGUUGCAGAGCGGUUGUGCGACCACAUGGUGCAUUGGCUGACCCCCGGGAAGAAGACCGCCCAGCAGAUGGGGGAAGCCAUUGUGGUAGAGCAAUUCUGCCAUGUGGUCGGCGCCGAAACCCAGGCGUGGAUACGGCGCCACAACCCCGACACCCUGGAGGAGGCGGUCAAACUGGCCGAAGACUUCGAGGACUCCCUGACCUCUGCCCGGAUCGGGAUCCUGUCGGCCCCUGCCCUUCGGAGCAGCCGACCUCUCCCUCCCUCUCCUCCAACACCACCACCACCACCCCCCACGUUCCAGGGACCCAGACCUCCCAGAGCACCGACCCCAUUGGGCCCCCUUGCCUCCCCCCCAUGGAGACCAAGGUUGGCCCCCAGCUGGGGUAGAGGUGCUGCCCCUGCCCCGUUGCCAUACCAGCAGCGGGACAGAUUUCUGACCUAUGCCCCCUCUGUCCCUCCUAUCUGUUUUAGGUGCCACCAGCCGGGACAUCUGGCCAGGUCAUGCCCCGCUGCCAUGGAGUGUGACGUGGCCGCGUGCAAUUGGGCACCUGAAACUGACAGCUAAAGCACAUCCGGAGCUGUCGCCGUGGGCCAGCACAAACCGGAUCACCACCUCACAACUGUCACCGAAUAAAAAGUGUAUUCAUUCACCACCAGCACGACUGCACGCACCCGGGACGGGUGAACGUGUUUUUGUUUACUUUGUUCAGGACUGUAAACCUGUGUUUUUCAUCCCCGCGCUCUACACAUCGU